AGCCCGAGUGCCUGCGGGGUCGGGCCUGAGCUGAGCCGGGGUCGGGGCAGCCGUGAGGACCCCCUGAAGGCGGGGCCUGUGGGACCGCGAUGGGCGUGGAGAUCGAGACCAUCUCCCCGGGAGACGGAAGGACAUUCCCCAAGAAGGGUCAGAUAUGCGUGGUACACUACACAGGAAUGCUCCAAAAUGGCAAGAAAUUCGAUUCAUCCAGAGAUAGAAACAAACCUUUCAAGUUCAGAAUUGGCAAACAGGAAGUCAUCAAAGGUUUUGAAGAAGGCACUUCCCAGAUGAGCUUGGGGCAGAGGGCGAAGCUGACCUGCACCCCUGAUGUGGCAUAUGGAGCUACUGGCCACCCUGGUGUCAUCCCACCCAAUGCUACCCUCAUCUUUGACGUGGAGCUGCUCAACUUAGAGUGAAGGCAGGAAGGAACUCGAGGUGGCCGGAGAUGGCGCCUGCUCUGUCCUAGCCUGCGCUGCCACUGGGACGGCUCCUCCUAUGCAGGGCUCUUGAUCAGUGUGCUGACCUCACUGCCCCUCAAUGUUAUCCAUUCUUUCUGCCCGACGUGGCUCUGUAUGUGUCCCCCACUUAAUUGUUCCCAUAUGUCUUUGCUUGAGGAAAUUUAGUUACAGAUCCAGACAUGUCAGGUUGUGCAUUUUGUGUAAUGCAUGUACUAGCCAUUCCUGAUCAGAGGACACAGAUCUUGUUUGCACAAUCUAUAUUGCCUUAGCUGCACUUAAGCCAGACACACAAGGUGCUCAGACAUGUGCUGUACAUGGUUCCACAAAGGGACUUGAGCCAGUUACCUUUGCUGUCACUUUCUUAUCUUCUGUUGGCUGCCCACUUUCAGCAGGCCCUCUUUGGAAAUACUAUGUAAAAUAAAGGCUCCAUGCUUGGCAUCUUCCUGUC